AUGCCGAAAAACAAAGGAAAGGGUGGUAAAAACAGGAGAAGGGGAAAGAAUGAAAACGAAACAGAAAAACGUGAGUUGGUCUUCAAAGAAGACGGACAAGAGUACGCCCAAGUCACAAAGAUGCUCGGUAAUGGCCGCUUAGAGGCCAUGUGCUUUGAUGGCAUAAAACGUUUAUGUCAUAUCCGAGGGAAACUUCGGAAAAAAGUAUGGAUAAAUCAAGGAGACAUUAUACUUAUCGGCCUACGAGAUUAUCAAGAUGCCAAAGCAGAUGUCAUCCUAAAAUAUACCCCGGACGAGGCAAGGAAUCUUAAGACGUAUGGAGAGUUCCCUGAAACAGUACGCAUCAAUGAGACUGUUGUUUAUUCUGUCGAUGGUUUGGACGAGGACAUUGAAUUUGGAGAUGAAGUCAGCUCAGAAGAUGAAGCUGAUGCAGUAGAUGCUAUUUAA